AUGAGCCUGGCCGAAAAGGAGGAGACACCUCGCUUUCGCAGCGAGAUCUACCUGAUCGACUCGGAGGCAGCGGAAGCACCCUUCAACCGCUUGUCGGGACCAAAACCGACAUUGGUCGAGGCUGGCGCGCUCUUGGAGGCUUUCUUCGAAAGCUGCUGCGCAUCGAUCCAGGAUGGCUACAUCUGGCAACGCGAGCGUCCGCGAGUGGCGAUAGGCGACACCACCAACAGGCAGCUCAUUGUGUCGAUGCGGCAUGGCGGGAGUAUCGAGGACGAGUGGCUCGCUGUCCAUCUGAUUCUUCUCGCCACGUCGUCAGACAAGCUGCAGACGCAGAUGGGCCAAGGUGCGAAGCUGGUCGCUAAUGUGCGCGACGAGGACGGCCAGAUGCUCCUCAUCGAAGGUGCCGAUGCCUUGCCUGACUGGAUUCAGCCCUCCAAUGCCGAGGGCCGGCUCUGGAUAGCCGACGGCUGCUUCCACCUCAUCUCUCCUGACAUUCACCCUGGCGAUGCGGAACCGAGCAGCAGCGAUGGCGACGUCCAUCUGGAUGACGUGAAGCCCCUUCGAACAGCGACAGCACUGCAGCUAGUCAUGGCCCAAGAGAUCAAGAGUUUGGCUUCUCAAGAGUUCAGGGACGCCGUCGUGGAGGCAAGGCUGCCGACAUAUCCUUCCCUCGAUUGGGCUCGCGACGUCCAGCACACGACACUCGCCUAUCUUCCCAUUGGAGCGGCCGCGCUCCUUCAUCGUCACCCUCAGCUCAUGUCGGACGCUGCGGAAGCAUUCGAUGGUCGGGAAGGUCCUGGUGAUGCAAGACGGCUGCGUGAGAUGCACUCCUUUGGGCCAAGCCAAGAUGCAAAGCCGACGAAGCCUGCCACCCGUCUGGUCAAAGUCCGGCUCCCACGACGCUUGUACGCCACCUUGCUGGCUCAGCGCUACUUUCCACCCAAGCCAUUCGGGGAAAAAUGGCGCCAGGUGGUGGGAAGAUGGUGGGAGCUGAUGGAGCUGGAGAUGAAGGGUCGUGGGCCACAGCAGCAGCGCGAGGGGCAGGAAGGCAAUGACGAGGAACAGGAGGAACAGCGCAGGCUCGUCGAACGCGAGAAAGACGACGGAAGACGGUGGGAUCUCGGGUGCAAGAUUGCGUGUGGGCUCGAGCUUGCUUACGCGAAUGCCAAAGAGCGAGCUGCAUCCUCCUCUACCAAAAGUAUCUUCUCGCAGAGAACCAAACCUGGAUCGCACUCAAAGGAUGGUUUCAAUGCGUCUCUUCAAUCCAUGGGCUGGUUUGGAGACAACAUCGAAGGAAGCGCAGAGUGGAAGAGGAGGCAGCAGAAAGCCAUACAGCUUCUCGAGCAGAUUCAGAGCAGGAAUGCAUCCGACGAUGACCACCGCUCCGACGAAACACUGGAUCUCUUCAAGAUCAUCGACAACGUCGAGGACAACGCCCUUGAACACCUCGACCCCAACUUGCCGUCCCAGGUGCUCGCCCUCCAGGAGGACCCUGACGGCUUCCUCUACGACGUGCCCGACGGCGCCAGUCAGUACGCUCAAGGAGACGGAGCAACGCAGGGUCAAGAGGGCGAAGAUGAGGCGGAAAAGAUUGCGAUGCGACAGAUCAAUGAUUUCGCAAAGAAGCUCGACGGGUUCGUCGAGGGGACAGGAGACGAGAUGGGCGCGCUCUUUGAAGACGAGGGUAUGGGAGGAGCAGAGGAGGAAGAAGGUGAUGACGACGAGAAUGAGGAGGGGAUGGAGACGGAUGAACCCAAUCAGAUGCUGGAAGGGAUGACGAGCGAGCAGAGGGAGGCAGCCACAAGGGGUCUGGUCCCCGGUCUGGAGCCCGGCGAGUGGGGCGCACGAAACGCCGACGAGGUCAGGCGAGCGGCUCAAGAAGCGAAGCGAUUGGAUGGGCAAAAUGCAAGGAAAGAGAGUAGCGUCAAGAGUGAGGCUGAUGGAGAGGCGGACAAAAGCGUCGCCACACGAAAAGACACCGAAGGUGGCGAUGGAACCCACACAGAGAUUGAAAGUGCAGGACCAGCUCUCUCUGGCGAUUCUCUCAAAGCCAAAGAGGCCAUGGAUCGAGCAGCCAGGCAAUACGCUCGUCGAAACGUACGCUUUGAGGGCGACUCUGACUCCGAAGAGUCUGUGGAUGACGAAAUUCUGCGAGCAGGCGAGACGGAUGAAGAUCGUCGCAACAGGGCGACGUGGCUCGGCAUGGAGGAGGAACUCGACGAGGACGAAGAGAUUCGGCGGCAGCAGCAGGAGGACGAGGGCCGAUUUGAUGAAGACGACGAGAUCAAAUUAGACCAGGACGAGCUGUUUAACUUCAUCGAAUUUACGAGAAAGGAGCUCAAGCUGAGCGAGGAGCAGUAUGAGGACAUUCUCGAGCAGCGGAGGAAGAGGGGCGCAUAUGUCCCCGAGCGAGGUGGACCUCCUGCAGCGGCUGCUGCACCUGGCGUUGCAGGAAAGAGAAAGGACAACAAGGGCGAAAAAUGGAAUCUGGACGACAUUCCUGAUGCGCCAUCUGAGCCUCAUUCGAGGCAACGAGAUGCCCAGCAGAAGAGGAAAAAGAACGAAGGUGGUCAGAGGACGACCGCCGGGGAGCGCCGCGCGGCGAACGAAAGGGCCGAGCGCGUGCUCCUGCAGGCCGAGGAAAAGAGCAAGAAGGCCGACGCAACUCGUCUGUCGUUCGACGCGGCCAAAGCGCAGAAGAAGCCAGAGGACAUGGAUGCAUUUGAGCAGCUGAUGCAUGCAAUGGACCAGGAGCUUAUCCGACACAGGGAUGGAAAGGGCCCCGCUUCUGCUGCGCCAGACGUCAACAUGGGAGACGAGGGGCCUGAUACAGACGAAGAGAUGGGAGACGAAGAGGCAGAGCUCCUCGAGAAGCUCAUCCACGGUGGUGGACUACCGGCCUCGUUGCAGGUGCUCCUCGAGAAAGACAAGCAGCAGGGAGAAGAGCUCUCGAGCGUGGAGCGACAGGUGAUGGAGGGCAUGAUGAAGAGCUUCCAGGCCCAGGGCGGCGGCGCUGGGCCCGUCGGUAGCUUGGUCGGCCGCUUUGGCACGGGACCUUUCCCAAGGGAUGGUAGUUGA